AUGACCGUCGCGGAACUCGAGGUGGCUGACAAACUCCUGAUCGCCAACGUUUACCGUAUUCCGUUGACUAUCACCGUCACCGCACUACGUCCCUUAACGCUGGACUUUCCCAACCAACCCAAGAUCGACCAGUUAGCCCGCGGCAUUCAAGCCGGAUUUCCGAUCCAAUACCAAGGCAAACGCGAGUCGCACGACAUUCACUCGAACCACCCGUUGGCAAGAUUCCGCAGGGAACCUAUACAAGAAGAUAUGACCAGAGAACGUCAAGCUGGCCGUCGCGCUCCGCUUCCCGAGGCGGUCUUCAUGGAUCUGCCGUACGCGACUUCGGUGCCCUUGGCCGUGGUAACCAAAGAUCGAGACGAAGACGGUACCGUGGUCAAAUGGCUGGGCUGA